CGCGGAGUCCCAUAUAGACAGUCGACUGCCCAAUUCCUGGGUAUUUGUUGAGCUUCCCGAAUCCCAUUAUACGUUAUUUUCUUCGGUGAAGAUGAAAACAUCUAAACCAUCACCAGAUCACCGGUUUACCUUUAGUGAAGACGAAGAAUCAAAUAGCAACGAUGGCGCUUCCUCCUCAAAGGUACAUUCAUCUGACAAGGAUGACGAUCACGGAAUAAGCCAGGGAAUGGAACUUGAGGGGUUCGCUGGUCCGAAGAUAGUCCAGCCUUUAACGCCUGAGGCGCUGGCAAAAUUCAAUGCUGCGCAAGCUCGUACUGGCGUAAUCUACAUCUCACGAAUACCUCCUGGUAUGCGUCCUGCCAAAGUACGGCAUUUAAUGAGUGCCCAUGGUGAAGUGGGGAGAGUGUAUCUCCAACAAGAAGACGCCAAACGUGCAUACCUCCGCCGAAAGUUUACGUCCACCAAAAAGCCGCAUUUCACUGAAGGCUGGGUGGAGUUCAAAGAUAAAAAGGUCGCAAGAUCUGUGGCUGAGAUGCUAAACGCGCAGCCGAUCGGCGGUAAGAAGGGCACUCGUUGGCGAGAUGAUGUGUGGACUAUGAAGUACCUCCCCAAAUUCAAAUGGAACAUGUUGACUGAGCAAAUAGCACAUGAAGCUGCUAUUCAUACUGCUAAGCUGCGCGUUGAGCUUGCGCAGUCGAAGACGGAACAACGCGAUUACCUCAAGAAUGUAGAACUCGCACGAGUGUUGGACAAGCGUAAUGAAAAAAGAAAGGAAAAGGGUUUGGGGCCACUUGAGCUGAAGCGCCCAGCUGAGGUCAGUAAAGAAGAGGAGCCUCGAAAAAGAUUGAAGUACACGGAUGAUACUCAACUUAAUAGUGUACUUGGUAGCAUAUUUUAGUUUCAAGCUACAUACCAAGUUGAUUGUAGCAACAUUGCAAGGUUAAUGUCUAAUAUGAGUUCAA